AUGGGAAAAACAGAAGUGAAAGGGACGGUGACGUCGCUAUCGUCGAUGUUCCCGGCGGAGGAGGCGCAGAAGGGGGCGAAGCGGGUGGAGGAGACGCUUUUAGAGAAGCAGAAUGAAAUGAACCAACUGAGAGACUUCAUCGCCGAUAACACCUCCCUUAUUAACCUCGUUCAAAAGCUCCCCGACGAACUCCACCACGAUAUCAUGGUUCCCUUUGGGAAAGCGGCGUUUCUUCCUGGUCGCUUGAUUCACACGAACGAGUUUCUGGUUCUACUGGGAGAAAGUUACUAUGCGGAAAGAACAGCUAAACAAGCUGCUGAAAUUCUAAAGAGAAGAGGCAAGUCAUUGGAGUCUAAAGUAGAUUCGUUGAAGGCCGUCAUGCAGGAUCUUAAAGCUGAGGCUUCCUUUUUUGAUUCCACUGCUUCUGAAGCAGCAGAGGGUCUUGUGGAGAUUAGAGAAGAGUACGAGGAUGAGAGUUCUACCCAGAGGGUAUCUCAAUCAGAUCCACUGGAGCAAGAUUCACCUAGUUUCACUGAACCAGACAAUACGAUGGGUGCAUCUGAGGAUGAAGAAUAUGCUCGUAUAAUGUCCAGGUUGGAAGAACUUGAGAAAGAAGAACUUGCAGCUGAAAGUUAUGGAGACGAUGAUGAAGAUCAGGAUAACAGUCCCGCUGAAAGUGAUGGUGAUGAAGAGGAGCAAACUAAAGCUGUUUUUGACAGAGAAAAGAAUAAAGGUUACAGUUCUCUUGAUCAUGAUCAAAGAUAUUCGGAGUCAAGGAAACCGCUACAGCAGUCAGAAGGCAAAGAUCCAAUGAAAGAAGAGAUGUCUAAAAAUUAUCAUCACCAAGAUUUAAUUAAUCAGUUAGCUUGUACUGGAUUGACGGUAGAACCUGUUACGAAAGGUAAAAUGUCGCAUAGUGGGACUAUGCCUCAAGACACAAAGAUGUUAAAUCCUUCCAUUACUGCUUCUGCGCCUUCUGAAAAGAAGGUGAAGUUUGCAGUAGAACAUUCAUCAAGAAAUGAGAAAUCUGUCCAGGCCUCAAAUUCAGGAUUUGAUGGUUCCAAGGCUUUUACAGGGUCCAUAGUAGAGCAUACUGAGAGUAUGGAGAAAAAUUUGGCGCAUCAAAGUACAACUUCAUCACAGCUUUCUGGUUCUCAACCGUGGAAGCCAGUGUCUAGAUUCAAAAUGCAAAGAAAGUAGUUUGGCGUGGUUAAGAAACAUGGGAAGGCACGAAAUCUAACCACUGGCUUAUACUCUGAGCAGCACCAAGCAGACUUGUGGGAGAAUAGAAUAUAGGAUUGUUGUGUAUUUAUGAUUUAUGCAUUGUUUGAUUCACAUGUAUCAUUGUUUGUAAUUUUGGAGAACGGAGCCAUGGCUGUUGAGGAUAAAGAACAAAGGCCCAACUACAACCUCUUUUGAGUGGGCUUGGGUUUGCAUUCUUCUGCCCUUUUAGAAGGGCUUUGGCAAAUGAGAGAGAAUGCUUUAAGGAGACACUGAAUAAAGGGGAAAGAGACAGAAUGAUUAUUAACUAUAAUAGAUUAGUAUUUGUAUUUGUUUAUUCAAA